CGCACGAAUCCGACACGCCUACUCGAGAAACCAUUCGGGAGCUUUCGCGAUCUCUUGUCACCAAAUAUUCUGGUCGUUAGUGUGAAAUUGCUCUUUGAUUUUGCGAUUUUCUCUUCGUCAUGGCCAUGGCGGCGGCGCAGCUUUACGCGUCGGUAGCGGCGCCGAGGAGGUCCUUCGUCCCCUCUAAUGGUCUCGGCCUCUCGCUCUCCACCCCUAGGGUUUUGCGUUACCUCCCGAUGGGGAUCGAAAGGACUUUCAAAAACCCUAGUCAUGGCGCCCCAAAGCUGUCAGUUUCCAUGUGUAUUAGAGAAAAUAGUACAAAAUCUCCUGGUUUUGAGGCUAAUACUGCGGUAACUUAUAAUGAGGAUCAAACUCAUGAAUCACCGAAGACAAAUUUCACUGCCGAACCAGUGGAUGAAACGAUGACGAUGGAUAAAGCAGUCGCUCCACCACCAAAAAGAAGUGCAAAAAUUCAUGAUUUUUGUUUAGGCAUUCCUUUUGGUGGUUUCUUAUUUUCUAUGGGACUUAUCGGAUACCUUUUAUGGAGAAGCCCUGUAAGUCUUGUUUUAGGUGUUGCACCUGGCUUUACUAUAUUUUUGCUGGGUGUACUUAGCCUGAAGGUUUGGAGGAGUGGAAUAUCCAGUGUACCAUUCAUACUGGGGCAAGCAGCAUUAUCUAGCAUACUUACAUGGCAGUACUCUAAGGCAUACAACAUGACUAAGAAAAUACUGCCUUGGGGGUUUUAUGCUUUCUUAAGUGGUGCAAUGCUUUGUUUCUAUACGUAUGUGAUGCUUGCUGGAGGAAAUCCACCACCAAAGAAGCAGAAGCUUGCAGCAGCUUCGCCAUCCUAGCUCAGGAAGAAUGCUCCUCUUCAUGCAGAUCUUCUAUAAGCAGUUUGUGUAGAUCUUCUAUAUGCUUUUAUUGUAUAAUUUUAGUUUUUUUUUUUCUAUUUUCGUUCGACCCUAUGUCCCUAUGUUGUAUGUCUAAUGACUCAAAUCUGAGGAAUAUCUUUGUCCUGGAAGAUCAGUUAUUCUCCUGUGUGCUCGUAUGCUGCAGUUUAUCGGCUGUUCACUUAUAACUAGCUGUUUCAAUUCACAAUUGAUAAGAGGCUUUGAAAA